CAGUAAAGGCUGAAAAUCUGGGUCACAGCUGAGGAAGAGCUCGGACAUGAAGUCCAAGAUGUGGCCUGCACUGCUGCUGUCCCACCUCCUUCCUCUCUGGCCACUGCUGUUGCUGCCCCUCCCACUACCUGCUCAAGGUUCCUCCUCCUCCCCUCGAACCCCACCAGCCCCAGCCCGGCCCCCCUGUGCCCGGGGAGGCCCCUCUGCCCCACGCCAUGUGUGCGUGUGGGAGCGGGCACCCCCACCAAGCCGAUCCCCUCGGGUCCCAAGAUCUCGUCGUCAAGUCCUGCCAGGCACUGCGCCCCCUGCCACCCCAUCAGGCUUUGAGGAGGGGCCACCCUCAUCGCAGUACCCCUGGGCUAUUGUAUGGGGCCCUACAGUGUCUCGAGAGGACGGGGGGGACCCCAACUCUGCCAACCCUGGAUUUCUGCCUCUGGACUAUGGUUUUGCAGCCCCCCAUGGGCUGGCCACCCCACACCCCAACUCAGACUCCAUGCGGGGUGAUGGAGAUGGGCUCAUCCUUGGAGAAGCACCUGCCACCCUGCGGCCGUUCCUUUUUGGGGGCCGUGGGGAAGGUGUGGACCCCCAGCUCUAUGUCACAAUUACCAUCUCCAUCAUUAUUGUUCUCGUGGCCACUGGCAUCAUCUUCAAGUUCUGUUGGGACCGAAGCCAGAAGCGACGCAGGCCCUCUGGGCAGCAAGGUGCCCUAAGGCAGGAGGAGAGCCAGCAGCCACUGACAGACCUGUCCCCAGCGGGGGUCACUGUGCUGGGGGCCUUCGGGGACUCGCCUUCCCCUACCCCUGACCAUGAGGAGCCCCGAGGGGGACCCCGGCCUGGGAUGCCCCAGCCCAAGGGGGCUCCAGCCUUCCAGUUGAACCGGAUUCCCCUGGUGAAUCUGUGACGCCCCCCAAUGUUGGGGUGCCGCCAAGCAGGAGGCCAAGGGGCCAGCACAGCCCCCAUCCCACUGAGGGUGGGGCAGCUGUGGGAGCUGGGGCCACAGGCACUCCUGGCUCCUGCCCUUGCACACCACCCUGGAACACUCACUGGCCCCAUAGGUGAUCUUACCUGCUCACCCUCCUUCAGGUGGGGGCCUCACAUAUUUGUGGCUUCUGGUCCCCCAUCCCCGCCCUUGCACACUCACAUGAAAGCCUUGCACACUCACCUCCACCCUCCCGGGCCAUUGCACACACUUGUGCUCUUGUACAGCCAGUCUUCUGCACCCUCUCUCCACCCACACCCCCCCUCCCCAUCCCUCACCUUCUCUGUUUCACACUUUCACUUUCUCUUCUUCCCACAUUCCAUGCUCAGUUCAGUCACUCAGUGGUCAGCGGGUGACUUUCCUGUUAUGUCUCACAUGCACUUUCUGGCCCCAUGUUGUGGUGUUGUAUGUUGUGCUCACACUCUCCCUCAUGCACACCCACUGACCCGGUUUCUGUGGCCCCUGCAUGCUGCCCCAGAGGUGGGUGGGAGGUGAGCUGGGGGCUUCUCAUGCCCCCACCUGUCAUGGUCCCAUCCCAAGCCAUGUUGUGUUUCAUCAUCUUCCCCAUCCCACUCCAAGGGCGUGCUCAUUACCCUGAGGGCUCCCCCAUGGGAAUGGGGGUAGUGAGGCCCCAAAGUCCUCCCCCACUCCACUGCUAUAUUGUUGUCUGGGAGAUGGGUUUUUGGGGAGUCACCUGCUGCACUACAUGAGAAAGGGGCUCCCAUUUGCCCUUCCCUUCCUCCUAGUCCCUCUUGUCUUGUUUGUCCUGGCUGUCUGUGUGUGGGUCACUCUCUGGAAUUCAGAGCCCCUGAGCCAGUCCUCCACUUUCCAGCUUCCCUAAGGGCCUCCCUAACUCCACCUAGGCUGCCAGGGACUGGGGCCAGCUGGUUCAAGGCCAUUGGGAGCUCUUCCUCCCAAUCUCUCCCUCCCCUUCCUGGGCUCCCUCACCCUCCUUCUCCCCUCCCUCCAUGGUUCUUCCACUCUCCUUCCUUUUGCCUGUCCCCCCCCCCCAACCCUCCCCUCACAUUUGUCCCUAAUUCUCACCAUUUUUCCACCUUCCUCCCUUACCUGGCU